GGAAGUAAACUGUCCGGUUGCGUCUCCGGGACACAGAAGGAGUCCGACAGUAAACACGGGAAGCAUUUAAUAUUUCACAGCUUUCAUAGAUUCAGCUGAAGGGAACCAGGAGGCCUUUCACCUCCUCAGACUGUCCGAGGCUCCUCCCGCCACACCGGAGAGCUGACGCACACACACACACAUACACACACACACACACACACACACACACACACACACACACACACACACUUUAGAUGAUGGUGGACUCAACGUUUGCUCAAGUGGGCAAAAAUCUGAGCGAAGCCAUGAGAAUCCUGGGAGACGGACAGAGAGAGGAGGAGGAAGGACCAGAGAAGUGGCGCUUGACCAGAACCAGAACCAGCAUCCCUGGACCCCUGCAGGGAGAUGGUCAGGAUGUCGCCACGAUACUGCGUCUCGUUCACAACCUCAUUCAUGAUGAGGAGGAGGAAGAAGACAAGCCGAGCCAAUAUAGGAUGCAGAAUGUGGGUGAACAGGGUCACAUGGCGUUGUUGGGUCACAGCCUGGCCGCCUUCAUCUCCGUGUUGGACAGAGAGAGGCUGAGGAAGCUGACCACCAGGAUCCUGUCUGACACCACGCUGUGGCUCUGCAGACUCUUCAGGUACGACAACGGGUCGGCCUACUUCCAUGAGGACGACCGGGACGGCCUGGUCAAAGUGUGCCGGCUGGUCAUUAACGCCCGUUAUGAAGAAUAUGCCUCUGAGGGCUACGCAGUCCUCAGCUCUAAACAACCCGUCAUCUACCAGAGCGCCUCUGGCCGGUCUGGACUGGGCCAGCACCUGUGCAGCCAGCUCGGCCUGCCUCUCUCCAGUCUCUGCACCGUCCCAUGCAACACCGUCUUUGGAUCCCAACACCAAGUGGAUGUUGCUCUGUUGGACAAACUCAUCAAAGAGGAUCUAGAAGCUGGGAAGCUUCCUCUGCUGUUGAUCGCCAACGCAGGUACCCCUGGAGCAGGACAUACAGACAAACUGGGUCGUCUGAAGGAGCUGUGUGAUCAGUACAGCAUGUGGCUCCAUGUGGAGGGGGUGAACCUGGCCACCUUGGCCCUGUGUCAGGUCACCUCUGCUAUCAUGGCAGCGACCAGGAGUGACAGCAUGACGCUGACCCCGGGUCAGUGGCUGGGACUGCCUGCUGUAACUGCUGUCACCCUCUACAGACAUGAAGACCCAGCACUGUCUCUGGCAGCAGGUCUGACGUGCAGCCAGCCGGUGGCCAAGCUGAGAGCUCUUCCUCUCUGGCUGUCGCUGCAGUACCUCGGUCACAACGGGAUCAUCCACAAGAUCAGACACGCCUCCCACCUGAGCCAGAAACUCCUGCAGAAGCUGAAAGCUGUGGCCUCCAUCAGAACAUCGGUGGAGGAUGAACUCAGCUCUCCUGUGGUUCUCUUCAAGUUCUCCCAGGAAACCAGUUCUGCUUCCAGUGGAGGCUCCGUGGAAGGUUUCUGUGCUGGAGAGAAGGAGGUGCUGGACGCCUUCAACAGAUGGCUGGGAGAGACGCUGGUCCUGAUGGUUCCCACCAGUGGAGUGGACGUGGUGGAGCUGGAGGACGAGGGGACAUGUGUCCGCUUCAGUCCUCUCCUCACUGCUGCAGUUGUGGGGACGCAGCAGGAGGACGUGGACCAGCUGGUGGAGAAGUUAUCAGAGCUGCUGCCUGUGAUGAGCUCCACCAUCAGCCUGAGAGCAGAGUUCAGAGAGGAGACGCACCGACGCGCCCCAGCCCUCCGCUACCUGGAGCAGCUGAGCUGGCCCGGCCUCGGGGCGCUGAGGUACGAGCCCCAGGCUGAAGGGAUGGAUGAGAGCAGGAGGAAACUGGAGCUGGAGAAAAUCAACACUGAGCUGCUGAAGAAACUCCAAGAGCUGGACACUGACAUCAUUUUCUCCACUGGUCCAGAGUUCGGGACAGAGGAGAACUGUAUCUUCGUCGGCAUGGUGACGGAGGACGUUGACGUGUCGGAGCUGGUGAAUACAGUCGCUGCUCUGGGGAGAGACAUCGAGGAGAGCGGGAGGCUGCUGGAGAACAUGACGGAGGUGGUGAGGAAAGGAAUCCUGGAGGCAGAGCUGCAGCUGCAGAAGGCCACCGAGGAGAAACUCAUGGAGGAGGGGAUGCUGAGGCAGCUUCCUGUGGUCGGCUCCGUGUUAAACUGGUUUUCUCCGUUUCAAAGCACCAUAAAGGGACAAACCUUCAACCUGGCUGCAGGUUCCCUGGACUCCACAGAGACCACCUACUCCACCAAGGCCCAGUCAGCCAGACACAACCUGCAGGAAACCCCCUCCUCCUCAAAGAGACAAGGUCAAAGGUUAUUCAGGCGCUCCGGAGCCUCCGAGUCCUUCAGUGAAAGCAGCUCUGUGGGCCAGGCUGAGGAGGGCAGCUCCUCCCCCAGCAGAGCCCUGCUCCCCCCCAGCUCUACACCUCCUCCUGAGGAGGAGGAGUCACACGCUGCCACACCACAGGAGAUCCAGGAGUCCUCCACACAGCUGGAGGAGGAGGAGGAGGAGGUGGAGGAGGAGGAGAGGCAGCCUGAAGGCCAGGAGGAGGAGCAGAGUGGCAGAUAGGAGCCUCCUCUAACUGGUAGCAGCCUCCAUGAUGUUAGAAAGAGAAACGAGCGUUAUCACGUUAUGAAUCCAACUCUUCCAGGUUUGUCUCCGUCUGGAGUCAGUCCACCCAGACGCUCUUUAACGGGAUUAACACAGUUUGAACCGGUCCCAAACAUUAAACUGAAUUAUUAUAAUGUACUGAUAAGAAACUGAGCUCAGUUUCAUUUCGUAGGUGGAUCAAAAUGUUUUGUUGUCAAACUCUUUUUGUAGCUGAACUCAAAACAUCCUGACAGAUGAUUUCAUCUCUGAUUGGCCCUGAGAGCAACGAGAGAAAACACAUGAAAACACAACAAACUGAGGAAACAUCUUCAUCAAUCUGACAACACAAGAAAACA